ACUAGACAAGAAAUUUCACCAUGACAUUGCAAGAGAAAACUGUUGUGUCCAAACUGAAGUCACUGAGUCAGAGUCAUCCACAAAUGGAGGCCAUAGUUUUCUAUGACGAGUUUUUAGUGAGAACUUCACUAAGUAUGGAGGAAUUGUACACUCUGAGUGCCAGAUUUGCUCAUGUGCUCAAGAAAGAAGGUGUGAUGCCAGGAGACUAUGUCACUUGUAAUCUCCCUUUGUCUCCGGAAGCGGUUAUUGUCAAUUAUGGAGUCUGUUUCGCCGGCGCUGUUCCAUUGCACCUGGAGAUGUCAUUUAAAAAUGGAGACGCAGUCACGCACUCAAUUGCAAAGGUCAAGUCCAGACUGCUCAUUCUAAAAGAUCACUCAGACAAUCACUUACUGAACCUCUUGAGGCCCUACAUGAACACGUCACGUGAUACCUCCUCCUUUAUGGCAACUCUAUGCUGGGUUACUUUGCCCUAUUUGAAAUCGGUCAUGUUGGUCCGUCGAUCGGAAGACAGAGACCAGAGUUUUAUGGAGCGACUCAAACGUUCGGAUGAAGAGUAUGUCUGGGAGGGUAUAAGGCCGGACACUAUUGCUUUUACUCACAUCACCACUGGAUCGCCAACUGAGUACCUAAAGAUGACCGACAGAACACAUGCGAGUGUCUUGGACACCAUUAAACAAUUUCACGAUGCACUUCGGCCAUCUUACCCUAAGCACCUGUACACUAACCCAUUGUUCUGGAUGUCCAGCCUGCCUCGUGACUACUUCAAUGGGAUAACCCGUGUGUCGCCGGAUAAGUGGUAUCCAAUCAAAGAUUAUUGCGAACUUCUGUACAAGGUCAUUGUCACGGAAGAUGUGCAGUAUGCUGAUCUACAACCUGUCCAUGCUGCUGGCAUUAUAGAGAAAAUUGGCAAACAAGGUCCUUUACUUGACCACCUGUUUAUUGUUGGAAUGCCAGUGAGUAAAGCCAUGCUUCAAACAGUAAAGCCUCUAGCCAAUUGGUUCACUCUGGGCUACGGCAGCCACGAGACUGGAGGCACGAGCUUUAACAUCCUACAUACAGACGACAUUGAACAGUUUCAGGAUUUUGAUAACGGAUUGCCAGCACCAGGGGUACAGAUUAGAAUUGUGGAUGAAAAUUGGACGGACGUCUGUGCAGGGUCCAAAGGGAGAGUACUCAUUAAAACGCCGGCAAUGUUCAGCGGUUAUAGCAUGGAACCAGAGAAAACGGCCCAGCGUUUUGACAGUGACCAUUGGUUUAUAACUAAUGACAUUGGCCGACUAGAUGAAAGAACUGGACAUCUCUUUGUGGGAGGAAGAAUGGACUCUAUCAUUCUACAUGGUGAGUACAUGAUCUAUCCCUUCUGGUUGGAGGAAAUGCUUAGUACUCACCCAGACAUUAAGGAGGUGGUCAUCGUUCCCGUGUCAGAUCCUGUACUCUUCCAUGCCAUUGGUGCUAUUGUUAUAAACUGCCUAGUCGCCAUAUUCAUGUUUUAUUCUUAUGUGACAAUUUGAAAAGUAUGAGGAAGCAUGGAAACAGCCAUGGGAAAUGUUUCCUACGUUGCUACAAAAGUGUUGAGUCAGUUUGUGGAAAAAAAAAAGAGCUACAACAUUAUUUCGAAGGCUGAGAGCUUGUUUCUGUUUCACCAAAUCAAGAAUUCUAAGGCAGUUUUUGGCAAGAUCAGAAAAAGAUUUUUUUCUUCUGCAUCAGGUUUAUAUUUAACAAGCUGGAAAAUCUUGUUUUACAAAGAUACGUUGUCGAAAAUUGAACUCAUUUAAGAUGUACAAAGAUAUUAACCAGGGGGGUAUUUCCAGUAGUUCAUUUUCUUAUUCAAAACAAAGAAAAGAAAUCGUUUUAAAACUUUGCCUCAAGACAACUGUGACACUUAAGUGUGAAAUAGCGAACAUUUUUGGACGCAUCAACUCAUUAACAGUCUUAGAAAUUUGGCAACUGUUGAAAACAUUCGAUUCAACUAAAUUGAAAGCACUAACAUCGAUUUUUUUGUUGUUAAUAAAUUACUGUU